AUGCAGUCGACGGCGCGUCGCUCGCUAUGGCGCUGCGUAACGACGCGCGGGCAGGCGCAGCAGCCGCUGCUGGUGCGUGGAGUAGCGAAUCAGGUGGACGCAGUGCGCGCAGUAGAUGCGGUCGAGCGACGUGCAGCGCAGGAGCCGCUGCCGCGCAGCGCCACAACGAGCAAUAAGAGCUUUAACCUCAUGAGCGCACCGUCGCUGGUCACGAGAGAGGCGGCAGGGGCGGAAGCUGUUGCUGGAGGGUGUGGUGAGACGUGGCACUUGCACCGAAAGAAGGACAGACGGGACGGACACAAAGGCAACAAGAAGCGCAAGUGGUGGGCGGACAUGGACCGCACGUCGUUCUGUUUGCUGCUGGCGGAGCAAAUGAGCUCUACCAAAGUCUUAUCCGUGCUACGAAAGUUCAUGGACGAGUUCCCGAUUCUCAACAACCACUGGUCCGACCAGGAGCUCGUGAUGAUCGUUUGUGCCCUCAUCAAGAUGAACCGAAGCGAUACAGCGCUGCAAGUGCUGCGCAACCAGGUGCAAGAACCGGACCGCGAGCGCCUGAACCGAAUUGCAGCAGCGAGCGCCAGGCUUGGCAACGCGCAGGUCGCUCUGGGCGUGCUGGAGAUCACGAAGCACUUUCAGCUGCAGCCCGACGUUAUCACGUUUACCAGCGUCAUUCAUGCGUGCGCCCGUGGUAGGAGGUGCGACGUACCCGUAGCGCUGAACGUACUGAACGACAUGGUCUUUGCCGGUGUGAAGCCGAAUGCGCGCACGUACGGUGCAGUCGCGUUGGCAUACGCGCGGUUGGGGAGAUGGGAGGACAUUCAAGAACUCUUGGGCUCGAUUUCGUACGCAGACGACGAGCACAAGACCGAGGUGUUCACGUGCGCGAUCAUCUCGUGCUCGCGCAACCACCAGCAUGGCUACGCUUCUCGGCUUUUUGAGCUGUUGCUCGAAGAUGGAGUAUACCCGGGUGAUAACGUCUGCAACUCCGCACUCAGUUCCUGUGCGCGGACGUCUGACUUGGCCCAGCUUCAUCGCAUACUCAAGCUCGUCGAGUGCCACGCAACGCCUUCGACGUACUCUUACAACUGCAUGAUCUCGGCAUACGGCAAUGCGUGCAGAAUGGAUGAUGCGAUGCGAGUUUUCGAGGACAUGUGGAAGCACUCUUCGGUUGCACCCGACAUUGUCUCGUUCAACUCGUUGUUGGUAGCUGCCGUGCGUUCGCGAAAGACGGAUAUGUUUCCAUUCAUCUUGUCGCUCAUGAGCGAAGCUGGUCUGAAAUGGGAUGCGUACACGCUGAACAUACUGUUGCAAGGAUGUGCGCUGAAUGGUGACGUUCAGACAGCAAAGCGCUACUGGUCCGAGGCGAGUCAAGGCAAGGGAGCAGACUUGAAGCAGUCUCCAAUGGACAGACAGUGCGUCAUACUCGAUCGCGCACACUUUGAAACCCUCAUGAGUGUUUACUAUGCGGCAAAGGAUUACCAGUCGAUCGUGGAUAUGUGGUUGAAGGACAAGCUCUGCCGCCGUCGCGCGAAGAGCUCCAAGGCGCUCAACUUUUUGAUUCGCGCAUGCAAAGGUCUGAAGGACGAUAAGCUCGCAGCGACAAUCCUGGCCCAGUUUACUGACCGCGGACAUCCAGUGUCUCCUAUCACGCACAACCACAUGCUCGAGGUGUUUCUCGCUGCCGACAAGUUCGUGGAUGCGGCAGCUCAUCUGCAAAAGAUGAUCGGUAUGGGAGGAGUGGCGUCCACCUUCUCGUUCACAGUCCUCAUGACGUACUUGGCGAAGAAUGAUCGUCAUUCGGAUGUGCUUGCGAUGUUUGAUCUAUACCUGGAAACUCGCGAGGCUGUAUCAAAAGGGCAGAACCCACUGCUGCAUUACCCAGCGGACGCGAUCUAUGUCCUGACGAUGCGUUCGGCCGCCAAGUUACAGGAUCACGAGACAGUGCUUGCCAUCUACGAUGGGUUGCCGACCCAGAUGUCCAUGGCUGUUCGAACGGAACUACUCGUGCUGGCCAUUUCGUCAUGCGAGCAAGACGGCGACUGGCGCGCUGCAGUCACGCUGUUUGACGACCUGACCGGCGAGCUCGACGCCGAGAUCAAUGUGGAGCUGUACAAGCAAGUCGUCAAGAUUGUCGCCAGUGCUGGAGAGUUCGAUCGUGCGCUUGACGUGGGCGGUGGACAAUGGUACCGCCAGAACCGGCCUGACCAAGGCUGGGGGCUGUAG